CAUGCUGAAAACAUUCUUGUCCUCUGAAGUAAUCAAUUAAAAGCCUUGAACUUCCCUGGUUUGUCACUUCUUAAAGCCACUGACAGGAGUAUGCAGCAUGGAACAUCCUAAAUGCUCAGUGUAAGGAAAGAAGGAAAAAAAGAAAGCAGCUCACAGGACAGAAGUGGAAAAAGGAACGUCCUUUGGGAGAGCAAAGCCUUUUUGCAGUGCAGGUAGCCCAUACCAUGCUGCCAUAACAGCUGCUACAACCUCUCAGCCCUGUCAGUGUGUGCUAUGCAGCAGGUGCAGACUGUACUGCUGUUGACUCUUUACUCCAUACAGGCAAAGAUUGGCCAAGCUAGUGGCAGACCCAGGAUUAAUCAAGCCCAGACACACUCAACUGAGUGAGUAAUAACGUGGCUUGAAAAGUCUCAGUCACAUUGCCCUCAUGAUUACUACAAGAAUACCCACUGACAAACCGGUUCGCAUUUCCUUCAGUCUUAACGACUCUCCAGAUGAAUCAUCUACAGAGAAUGUCUUUCCCCUUGCGUUCCCAGAUCUAGAUCAGAGGCUUCAACCGCUUCCACCAUGUAACACAUCUAAAGAAUCGAUGCAAGUGUUUAAACAACAUUGUAAAAUUGCUGAGGAAUACCAUGAAGUUAAAAAGGAAAUUGCUCUUCUGGAGGAGAGAAAAAAAGCGCUGAUGGCCCGACUAGAUCAAGUGGAAAAGGAAAACGUAGAUGCUGAUCAUAUAGCUCUGGAAUACGAGGACCUGUCAAAAGAAAAUCAGAGCCUCAAUUUAGCUCACUCUCGCUGUAAAGAACAAUUAGAAAAACUCAGAAUACAGUAUCAAAAAAGGCAGGGUUCUUCCUAGCCAUUAUAUGAAUAAUACUAUCUGGUAAACAACAGAAGAUUAUCUGGUUAAAUGAAUACAUCUGUAUUUUUAUGACAAAACGUUGUAAUGUUGAUAUGCGUUACUGACCCAAAAUCCUCAGAAAUGUGAUGGGUGUAUAUUUUUGUAAGUGGAACAUCUUUAUUUUUAUUAUUUUUGUGUUGGAAUGAGACCAUAUUAUUUACAUAUUCUUUUUCUUGAAGGAUAGAUAUACAUCAAAUUUAUAUAGAUCAAAUACAUCAAAUUUUGGGCAAAAUUGACAGCUGUUUAACACAAUGUUAAGAUAGAUUUUUGUGAAUUUGUUAUAAUAUGUAAAAUGUGUUAAACCUUGUAGGGUAAUUAUGAUCUGAAUAAGCAGUUUUUUUAUGCAAGAGUUCGCUAACAAAUAAUAUAUUGAUAAUCCUGUUCCAGCAGAUAAUUAUUAGUGUGUUUUAAUUAGUCUGAGUGGAAAAAAUGUCUGAUUCAGUCUCAAAAUACAUAUUAUCAACUCGCCAAUUUGGCGUUUUUUUUAGAUAUCCAUCUGCAGAUUAAAACAGAUAAAGCUUCUGCUCAUAUUUAUUAUAUUAAAUCAAUCUGCUACAAUAUUAAUUGAGAUCUUGUCAUUUUCAUCUAUUUGUAUAGUUUGAUAAAGACAAAUUAUUUGGGGGAAAAUUAAAAUUAGCAACAAACUCAAACAUGUAAAUAGUAGUAAUAAUUGUAAAGGAUGUUACAAGGGAAAUUCUUCUGAGUAUUAAAAUGAUCUAUUUUUACUGAGAAUACAUGUAGAUCAUGUGCGCUUUAUUUUACAAGGAUAAAUAAAAUGAUGCUUGUUUGCAGAUAAAUAUUUGUUAGGUACUGAGUAAUGUUGUGCUUAUCAAUGAAAAAUCCUUCUUACAAUUCCAUUUAUGUAUGUUUUUUUUUUCCUAUUAAAACUGUAUAUGUAAAACUAA